AUGCCCGUCCCCCGCCUCGCAGCGUACGGCCUCGUAUCGACCGCUCUGGCCGGCGCAGUCGUCGGCGGCGCAAUUACUACGCGUCCGAACUUUUAUGCCGCGGCUGUGUCCGUUGGCCGGUCCGGGGGGAGUUUGAUUGUCCUGGCCAACUUCUGCCUCUUCUUAGGCAUAAUUCUCGGCGUGUGCUUCAAAAAGCUCUUCUUCGGUGAGCUCCGCCCCGUCGAGUACGAGCACAUGUUCGAGCGACUAUGGAUCUUCCUCACCGAGUCCCUCCUCGCCCUCACCAUCUUCCGGGAAGACUUCAGCGCCUCCUUCCUUGUACUAUACAGCGUCCUCGUAUUCCUCAAGUGCUUCCACUGGAUCAGCGCCGACCGCGUCGACUACAUCGACCAGGUACCUCCUCCAGGCCCGCCUGCAUGGUUCCACGUCCGCCUCGGCGCCGUCCUCGCCCUUCUGACUACACUCGACGUUCUGCUGUUCUUGUACACCAUGGAACACGUCAUGGUCAUGGGUGUCAGCGCAAUGGUGUUGUUUGCGUCCGAGUUUGCCAUUUUGGUGGCGGCUAUUUGCGGGACGUGGGCGCGAUACGCUGUUGGCAUUGCGGAUCUCCAUCGGGCACGGGGACGGGUGGACGCGCCGGCAUGGGAGGAGAAGAGCAUGCAUCUCUUCUACAUAGAGCUCGCCGUUGACUUCGCCAAGCUCCUCACCUACCUGGUCUUCUUCAUCGUCAUCUUCCUCAACUAUGGUCUGCCGGUCCACAUCCUCCGCGACGUGUACAUGACCCUACGCUCCUUCCUCGCACGCGGAGCCGAUCUGGUGCGUUACCGCCGCGCCACGCGUAACAUGGACGAACUGUAUCCGAACGCAACAGCCGAGGAACUCGCUCGCCUCGGCGACCACACCUGCAUCAUCUGUCGGGAGGAGAUGGUGGCCGAGCGCCCCGCCGACGCCGAAGGGCCAAACGAGACGCCCAAAAAGCUCGCGUGCGGACACGUCUUCCACUUCCACUGCCUCCGCUCCUGGCUCGAGCGCCAGCAGAUUUGCCCCACCUGCCGCCGCGACGUCCUCGCCCCUCCACGCCAUACGUCGCCCCCACCACCCCCCACUCCCGCUCCAGCCCCACAGGAACUGCCAGAGAACGAGGCAGACCGCAUGCGCUCGGCGUUCGAAGAGUACUUCAGGCUUCCGGGUGUGAACGGCGACGCGCCGGCUCACGUACCCCCGCCCCACCCGCCGCGAACGGCGUCAGCCCCACCAGACACGGAACACGACGACGCGGGCCUUCAGCGCGGAAUCUGGGGCGCCCCAAUCGUGCCCGGCCGCUUCGCGGUGCCACCUCUCGGUACAGCCCCUCAGGAACCGGGGACCUCGCGCGCCGUAACUCCCGCGGCGUCUCAGGCGCCCGUCGUCUUCUCGUCCACCGGUUCACUGCGCGAACCCACUCCGCCCAACGACGACGACGUGCCUCUCCGCCAAGCCGCUGCCGCCGCUGCCCUGCGCCGCUUCAAUGCAGUAUCAGAUAAGGGCAAAGGUCGCGCGCCUGACCCCGACGCGUUCGACACGCCCGCCACCCACCGCGUCAUGCUCACGCCACACGCCCUCCCGCCGCCACACAGUGGAAUUGCACGCACGCCUGAAGCCGCGCACGCUGCGCUCGACUUGCGCCUCAAAGCCCUCCGCGACGUCGACGAGGUCGUGUGGUCGCUCGUGGGUGAGCUGAGCCGUCUCCGGAGCGCAUGGGAGGCGGAGGACGAGAUGAGGGCUGGUAUGAAGCACAGGCCGGAGGAGAUGGAGCAUAGCCAGCGUAGCGAGCGCAGCCAGAGCCGAGAAAUGACAGAGGAUGACACGCCGCUGUUUAAUAGACCUAGCGAGGGACCAAGCACAGAGUAG